GCUCGGGAACUGGAAACUGCAUCAUGCGCUUGAUAAUUGUGCUUGUUUGUAUAGCGUUCGCCGCCGCAAAUGCGCAGCAGAAUUACGAUGGGCGGAACGGCCCACAUACGUUCGGGCAGCCGGGAAAUGGCAUUUACAUUCGGGGCCAGAACGAAGGACCUUAUCAGGUGCCAGGCGUGGGCGGUACCUUCCAGAACUCACCCUCCAGCGGUGGACAUGUUUACACGGAUGAGCAGGGUAACACCUACUCACACCACUCGUCGACGUCAUAUACCAGUAAUUUGGCGCCUACACCGGUGAGCUUGAGCUUGGGCGGUGUUUUAUUAGUUCUUAUGAGUUUAAUCACACUAUAAAGUGAAUGUACAGAUUUGAAUAAGUGAUUAAACUCUUCUUAAUUGAAUUUAUAUUCGAAAAAAUAAUCAAUUUAUGCUGCUAAAUAAA